AUGCUGGGCAAAAAAAGAAAAACAGGUUACGCCAUUUAACAAUAUUGAACUCAGAGGUAGUUGCGUUAUAUUUUGUACAAAAUGUCAGAUAGUACGUGGCGUGUACUCUUGUAAUAUAGUGAUGAUAUUUCUACGUAUGACUUAACCAACGGGCCUAUAGUUAUGCAUACAGUGAAUUCAAUGCGUUGGCUGGUCUCAUGAGCUCGCAAACGUCUCAACAUCUUUGCUAACUUUAGCCGAUCUUUUCAGCUAGGUUAGCUCAGCUGUUCCGAGUUGCUGUGCGGCCGCCGAGCGGGUACCUGCUGUGUACACUACAAGAUUGUUUCAGGAUCAUUGGACUAAUAUACUUGACAAAGAUGGCUAACAUUGGGGCAGUGGUAGACGCAACCAACGACGAUGUUGUCGACAAACAGGGUUCAGGGGUUAACCUGCGUUCUCGACCGCACUCAAUCGAGAAGGAUAGCCAGGUGCGGGCUGUCAAAGUCUCUCUCCAGAGGGCAUUGGGAACGUAUGAGCCUGUUUUGACCUACCUACAGUCGGUCUUAAUCUGGGAAAGACCUUUCCAGUGUGUGCUUGUAUACACGGUGGUCAACGUGGUGUUCUGGUUCUUUGCCCUGACCUCCUUGCGUCUGCUUUUCCUGCUGGCUUCUGGCACGGCAGUGUUUGUCUGCCUGGAUACCUGGAAGAACAAAAUAUGGCCGUUGAUCAAAGUGAGAAAAAUGGAUGAGAUGGAAAAUGAAAGCUGGGGCCUGGUGCAGCCUGGGCUUCUGAGUGUGCCUGAACUGUGCCACCACAUCGCAGAGGCCUGGGUCAGUGGAGCAGCCUGCACAGCCAGCAUGGCCCAGUACAAACUUCUCAAUCCUGGCAAGUUUUGCCUGCUGACCUGCACAGUGCUGGGCCUAGUGGCAAUGGUGGGUCGCUACAUUCCUGGACUGGUUCUGGCCUACUCUGCUGUGAUGGGUGUUCUCCUCGCUCCGCUGGCCGCCUAUCACAGGCUUCUGCAGCAUGUGAGCGUGAGGCUAGAGCCAGUCCUGCAGCGGCUGGACUUCAGCGUCCGUGGAUACAUGAUGUCUAAGCCUAUUGAUAAUCAGUUCCUGAGAAGGUCUAUCCGCGGUGCGGCCUCAGGAGAUGCCAGUGACAGCGAGGAAGAGUUGGCUGCUUUCUGUCCAUCGUUUGAUGAUGCUGUUGUGGCCAGGGAGCUUGCGCUGACGGACUCUGAACACUCUGACGCUGAGGUGUCCUACACAGACAAUGGAACGUUCAAUCUAUCUCGUGGCCAGACUCCACUCACAGAGGGCUCUGAAGAUUUCGACCGCCACAGCGACGCAGAGGAAUCGUUUGCUCAGGACCUCCAGGACUUCCCCACCUUCAACCCGGACGCCACCCUGCUGGACGACGACGACGACACGAGCAUCGGCCUGCCCAGCUUGGGCCUCUCCGAGCUGGCCAGCCACCGGGCCUCCCUGCCGGACAUUGACUCGGACCAGGAGGACCUGGAGCUCUGUGCCGCCAACUUCAGGGACGAACUCGCCGGAGCGUUCGCCAGCAACAUGAUCCAGGCGGCGCUGGCUGGAGCCCUGCAGCCCCGGUCCCACGCUGGCCAGCGAGCCCGGGAAGGGCCGCCCCGGGCCAGGGCCCAGCGGAGCUACCGCAAGCAGUCGAGCUCGGAGCUGGACACGGACUGGGACGGGGAAGACUUUGAGAUGCUGGAUCAGUCCGAACUGAACCAGAUGGAUCCGGUGUCCGGAACCGGAAGUAGGCGGGGAGAUCCCGGCCAGGUUUCCAACUACUUGUCCAAUCUGCUGGGAAAACCACAGUAGUGGGUGUGUGUGUGUGUGUGUGUGUAGGGGGGAGGAGGUGACUUUAUUUUCCAGCAGCCAUGCUCCUGAGUGGCUUCAUUUGAUCACUGUGAAGUACAAUUUUUUUAUCUGUUUUACAACCUCUUUCUCAUAUUCUGGUAUUUAAGUGUUUACUUCACUCCUCCUGUGAGUACAUUUUUGUUGUAGGCUGAGCAAUACUUUAAUCCAACAAAGAAGUAAAGGAAAUCUUAACCUCAUUACAUCAAAAACCAGCAUUAUUGAGACUAUGUCCACUAUGGUCAUUUCAACAUGCAAAUGAUGAGGCUGAAGAGAAAAGUUGACCGUCAGGAGAUCUAAAUUCACAGGGCUACAUAACAUGGGACCAAACAUGACAUUCCUUUUGGUUUGUGCUGACAAGCACCUUUUGAGUGACAGCUUGAUAUUGAUCUACUUGCUGAUAUUAAAUAGUUUGAUAUUUUCUAUAUUAGUUUUUGGUCAAUCAUGUUAUGUAAGCAUGGCAACAGAAGUCCUUGAGAGGACAAAGCAAUCGUAUAGUUACAACAACCGAUCAAUUAUAUAAAAAAGAACAGCAAGUUUAGCUUGGUUGCUGUUAACUUGACGUUGGAACCAAGUAGCAUCUGUGUUUCGUAUAAGCUACUCUUGAGAUCCCCCUUUAACUUCUACUCUUAAUAUUUCUCAUAAUAGGAAUCUCUCAAUAGUUUUAGAUCUACAUUUUAUUUUGCUGGUAGUCAGGACAAUAAUUUGGCUGCACAUGUUAAGAUACUGAAGAUAAUGCUAUGUAGCAAUGCUUAAUAAGUUUAUUUUAUGCAUCUUUCCUUCAAGGUGAAAAGCACUGCUUAGAUUUUCUGUGAUUUCAAGAUGGAGGUUUUAUUUUUAAUUUUUUAACAAAUGUUUUUACAGUUUGAACCACAUGAUUGAUCAAUGUAAAGUUACAUAGAUGAGUGUUUUGGUUUAACUGCAAUACAAACAAAAUCUCCUUGGAUCUGUAUUAAAUCCAGAAAAUGCUGUUUUUUUUCUGACAUAGAAGAAUUAUGUUUACAUUCAACCCUGUAUUAAGUCUGAUAGCCUUUUGAUAUAAGUGUGAGUAUGUAAAGAGUGAAUUCUGCUCCUGAAAGAGCACACGUGCGCAGUAAAUAUUUUCAUGCUGGACUGUCUGACCUUAUGACAGGCAAACUAGUUAUAUUGUGUAUUCUUUAUGUCAUCAGAGUAACAAUGGGAAUGGUACCUCUUCAUUCAAACUGAAACGAGCCACAGCUGUUGUCCUAUUGAAUAUAUCCACCAAUCGGAAUACUUGCAAUCAUGUUCUUCUAUGUGCUUAUUUCAUGAAGGAACCCAAUUGCUCAAUUAUUUUCUUAUUUUCAAAAGAAUAUUGAUAGGAAAUUCAGUACAAUAGAAACUAAUUCCGAACACCCAUUCACACACAGAAUAGGCCAUUGGGGAACAAAAGAUAUGGCAGUUAUGAUUAGAGUGGAAAGUUGCACAUUAUUGCUCAAUGAAAUUUUAAUGAGCGAUGAUCAAUGUUUAAAACAUGUGCUGACUUUUGUAACUGGGUUUGAUAUUUUUUGAUGUGCAACUCUUCGAAAAAAAAUAAAAUGUGCAACUCUG